AUGUUCUCGCAGAAGAAACCUUACUCGGCCGUCACCGUCACCAUCGAGAAUCUGACGUCCGAGUCGUUCGCCGAAGACGACUUCAGCGGCAUCCCCGACCUCGUCGAGGUCAUCAAGCUUCAGGUGUCAGGCCCGACCGAAGCCGCCCGUGCUAUCCGUAAGAAGCUAAAGUACGGCAAUGUUCACCGCCAAAUCCGCGCCCUCGUUCUCCUCGACGGCCUCAUCCAGAAUGCCGGCUCGCAGUUUCAACGCAGCUUUGCCGACGAGCCCUUGCUCGAGCGCCUGCGCGUCUGUGGCACCUCGCAGCUCUCCGAUCCGGCCAUCAGGAAGAAGUGUACCGAACUGUUCCGUGAAUGGUCGCAGUACGCAUCCACCCCAGGCUUGGAAAGGAUCGCGCGUCUGUACAGGGAGCUGCCGAAGCGCAAGGUUGCCGUCACGCAGGAGAGGUCCAAAGUCAUCCGAGAGACCGAGAAUCCUUUCGGCGAUGACGAGGAAGAGGAAGCGGAGCGCCGGGCCACUCAGCGGUCUGCCGCAGCAUCCUCGUCGGCAACUGCCAACUCGGACCCUACCAUGAUGUACUCCGGACAGCCCCAUGUCAAGCGAAUCGGCAGCCCGGGCUGGGGAGAGAAGAAGGACAAGGACAAGUCCAAGUCCAAGGCCAAGGGCAGGGGCCAACGCAAGCCGUUUAAUCUUGAAGAGGAGAAGGAAAAGAUCAAGUCUGUCAUCGCCGAGGCCUCCAUUUCGUCAACCAACCUAGCGAACGCGCUCCAGAACAUCAACCGUGAGAGGGAAAGGAUUUCCGAAAACGACGUGGCUGUGCAUCACUUUGAGACUUGCAAGCAAUUGCGACGGCGAAUUCUGCGCUACAUAUACCAUGUGGAGAGUGAGCAAUGGCUGGGCAGCCUGCUCCAUGCCAACGACCAGCUCGUCCAUGCUCUCAUGUCGUUCGAGCAGCUCGAUCAUUCGAUAGACGCCGACAGUGACUCGGAUGAUGAGCUAGCUGAACAAGCUCACCUUUACAGGAUGGCCACUCAAAAGUCUCACGAAGACCACGUCAGUUCGGUCACUUCUCCUCGAGCUCCGGACGUGUCGGGCCUCUCCCUCGAGUCGAAGAAGAAAUCCCCACCUCCUAUUCCCAAGCCAGCACCAUUCCGAAUACCUCCGCAGCCGUCACGCGCCGGAAAGGCUCCCAUCCGCCCCGCGGUAGUUCGCAAGGAUGAGGACGAGGGUAAUGAUCCCUUUGGGGACGAGAAUGUUAUUGAAUAG